GAAAAUAAACGCAGUUGACAGUGAGAGGACGUUUCUUUUUUUUGCUGAGUUUAUUUCGCUCUAGUACGUCUUAGCUCUCAAAUGGUGUUUGGAACUGAAAACCACCUCACAAUACACAACAAGUCUCCAUCUGGAGUGGGAUCUGGGCCCAAUGUAAUUUAAAUGAACAAGUCAUUAGGCCAAGCGAUUCGUACAUUUUCCAUCCCUCCUAUUGAAUCUCAACCUAAUCUGACAGACAUUUUCUGAGGCUUUGGGUGCUCCAGGUUCCAAUGAAUUACAGAUGUUAGCCUAUCCCUGACUACUGCUGCCCUUCUGUGGUAGGAUGCAUGAAAAAUAACUACAGACAGUCCUCGCACUUCAGCCACUGACACAUGCCAUUUAAGGACCGUGAUUCGCUGUCAUUUUCUCUCUCACUAAAUUGCUGMUGAGACACUCGCUCAAGGCUGACCAACGGMGGUCCUUAACCUAUUUCAAAGUCUAGUCUGUCUCUAUCCAAGUGCUACGGUCUUUUGUAUUGGCUGGCAGUAUGUGAAUGUUGUUGUUUCGCGGUGCUUUGAUAACUGGUGWGAUMGUGCAUACUGUAUCAGUCUGUCWCAACCUGGGAAAAUAAUGCUUUUAGCAACUAUGACGGCUAGCAGAGGUGGGCUCGGUCUCUGUCCUUAUUCCCGCCAUGCUGUGUGUGUGUGUACGUACUGUCUUUGAGAGUGUGUGUGUGUAUAUGUCUCUCUAGGCGUGUGUGUGUGUGUACUAUGGGGUCCUGUAGUAAAAUGCCCAGAGGGCAAGCAGUAAUCAUGGGGUGAGGCUAAUGUCAGAGCGGCAUCAAAGACCCUUAACUGGAUACGUACGUUAACCCACUCUGAAAUGUAGGGCAUGUUGACUCCUGCGUCCCUCUCGUUCAGUUUUUCCACUCUGACUGUUGCCUGUCUUUGCAUAGCCAUGCGGAAAAGAAAGCUCAACAAAUGUGGUCACCCAUCCGAGAAGGAAGAACAAGCUCCAUGGAGUCCCCUAACCUGGAGUUUGAGUAUGGGGACACAGACAGCCUGACCACUGAACUCUCAGAGAUAUACAGUUACACGGAGGAGCCUGAGUUCGCCCUCAACAGGGACUACUUUGAGGAGGAUUUCAGGAGCCAUGUGCGGGGGAGGAGGUGGAUUGAGCUGGGUCAGGAGCAGCAGAAGGCCUAUGUGAUGAGACUACUAGAUGCUCUGGAGGUCACUGACCGGGACAAGAGGCUGAAGGUGGCCCGGGCCAUCCUCUACCUGGCACAGGGGGUGUUUGAUGAGUGUGACACGGAUGCGGACGUGAUCCACUGGUCUCGCCACAAUGUGUUCCUGCUGUAUGACAUGGGCAUAUUCACCGCUCUCCUGGAGCUGCUGAGCAUGGAGAUAGAUAACAACCAAGCCUGCAGCAGCGCAGUGAGGAAACCUGCCAUCUCUCUGGCGGACAGCACAGAACUCAGGGUCUUGCUAAGCAUCAUGUACCUGAUGGUGGAGACCAUCCGUCUGCAGACAGAGGACGACAGGCCAGAGUGGAGAACUGCCAGAGAGGCCUUCAAGACUGAACUGGGUUCUCCUCUGUACAACGGAGAGCCAUUUUCCCUGCUGCUCUUCACCAUGGUGACCAAGUUCUGCAGUAUGAACGCUCCACACUUUCCCAUGAAGAAGGUCCUGCUGCUGCUCUGGAAGACCAUCCUGUUCACCAUGGGGGGCUUCGAGGAGCUCCAGGAGAUGAAGGUUCGAGGCAGAGAGAGGCUGAGCCUGCCCCCCCUACCUGAGGACAGCAUCAAGGUGGUCCGGAGCAUGAGAGCAGCCUCUCCUCCAGCCUCGGCAAUGGAGCUCAUAGAACAGCAACAGCAGGCCAAGAGAGGACGCCGCAGCCGCAGGAGUGCCUUUGUUGAUAGCUUGGAAGGAGACAGUCCCUUUCCCAAGAAGCAGCCCCUGGUAAAGCAGGACAGCCUAGACACGUACAACGAGCGAGACCCCUUUAAGAACGACGACGCACGAGACGAGGAGGAGGACGGCGAGGAAGCCGACAGUGGCAUCGAGGGCGAGGUGGACCCCCUGGACCCUGAUGUCAUCAUCCAGCCACCACCCCCACCGCCCCCGCUCAGACCCCCCACUGAGAGAGCGUCCCUCCCCAAGGGUCUGCCUUGGGCCCCCAAAGUCAGAGAGAAAGACAUCGAGCACUUCUUGGAGACCAGCAGGAACAAGUUCAUCGGCUUCACUCUGGGAAAUGACACAGAGACACUAGUCGGUCUCCCUAGACCCAUACACGAGAGUGUGAAGACUCUUAAACAGCACAAAUAUGUCUCUAUUGCYGAGAUGCAGAUCAAGAGGGAAGAGGAGCUUCAACAGUGCCCCAUGACCCUGGGGGAAGAGGAUGUGGAUGAGACGCCCACAGAGAUCCUGUAUCUGGGAAUGCUUCCUAACCUGUCUCAGUAUGUGAUUGCCCUUCUGAAGCUGCUGCUGGCUGCAGCACCUACCUCCAAAACCAAGACGGACUCCAUCAAUAUACUGGCUGAUGUGCUGCCAGAGGAGAUGCCGAUCACGGUCCUCCAGAGCAUGAAGCUGGGUAUUGACGUGAACAGACACAAGGAGAUCAUUGUCAAGGCCAUCUCUGCACUUCUGCUGCUGCUGCUCAAGCACCUGAAACUCAAUCACAUUUACCAAUUUGAGAUUGUCUCUCAACACCUGGUGUUUGCUAACUGCAUCCCACUCAUCCUCAAGUUCUUCAACCAGAACAUCCUGUCUUACAUCAGUGCCAAAAACAGUAUAUGUGUGCUGGACUUCCCUCACUGUGUGGUCCACGAGAUGCCUGAGCUCACGGCUGAGAGCUUGGAAGCCGGAGACCGUAAUCAGUUCUGCUGGCGUAAUCUCUUCUCCUGCAUCAACCUGCUGAGGAUCCUCAACAAGCUGACUAAGUGGAAACACUCCAGGACCAUGAUGCUGGUGGUGUUCAAGUCUGCUCCCAUCCUGAAGAGGGCGCUGAAGGUCAAACAGGCCAUGAUGCAGCUGUAUGUCCUCAAGCUGCUCAAGAUCCAGACCAAGUACCURGGCCGCCAGUGGAGGAAGAGCAACAUGAAGACCAUGUCAGCCAUCUACCAGAAAGUACGACACAGGCUCAAUGACGACUGGGCCUAUGGCAACGAUAUCGACGCGCGGCCGUGGGACUUCCAGGCGGAGGAGUGCGCCCUGAGGGAGAGCAUCGAGAAGUUCAACAGCCGUCGCUACGACAAGAACCAGAACGGCGAGUUCGCCCCGGUGGACAACUGCCUGCAAAGUGUUCUGGGCCAGCGUGUUGAGCUGCCGGAGGACUUCCACUACAGCUAUGAAAUGUGGCUGGAGAGAGAGGUGUUUUCACAGCCUAUCCAAUGGGAAGGCCUACUACAACAGGCCCGGUGAGGGGGGAGGACACGCAUACCAGGGACACAAGCCUACGACUACUGUGAUCUUCAUGUAAAUAUGUGGCAGAAAUAGAACAUCUCUUUGUAAUCACCUGUAUCCAUGCAGAAAUUGUACAGUAACGAUAUAGACAGUAAUAAUGAUGUCAUGGCAACUUGGCAGGAGCAGGCUCUUACAGUACAACUAUGUGGAAUACUGUCACUAUUCUGUCAGUUACGACAACCAAUCCAACCACUAUGUCCAAACCACCAGUACAUUUUUUUCUCACUCAAUUUGGUUCGCUUCUGUGCUUUGUGGAAUAAUUAAUUUUAUAUCCAUGGCAUGUCCUCUUUUGUUUAAUGAAGAUGUACAUUUGAAGUACUGGCACUAUGUUUAGUUUAUGUUGUAAUGUUUUACAUGUGUMUUUAUUUAUGAUCACAGCCAUUAUGUUUCAGUAUGUAAAUCUCAUAGCUGCAGAUGAUGUUGUGGUUGAUAUUUCUAGACAAAAAUGGCUAUUUGUAAAGAAAGUACUGUGUAUUAACAGGCUAAYGAUUAAGUACCUUACUGUGAUUGUUUUCAAUUAAAAUAGCAAAGAGCAAUUUCUCAAGCAAGAAUUUUGCCAGGACUGUCUGGAGUUGGUCUGAGUAGGGAGGGGGAAAUUUGUGUGAUUGGUAGACAGGUUUUGAACUAAUUUACCCCUCCUGUGGAUGUCACCAGGCAGACCAAAACUCCAUCCUACCAAAACAGGAAGAAACAGCUGUUACAUUUAAAGGGCAUUAUCAUAAUUUUCACAAUUUCACCGUAUUAUUCCAACCUCAGUGUGGAAAUAUAUAUAAAACACAGGAAAAUCACGUUUUUGGGAGAAUUUAACAACAUUUCCCCUUUUCUAGAUUAAUAGUAUUUUAAUUUGUGUAAUCACAAACAAAAUUUCUGUAAGUCAUUGAUCAUCAACCAGAUUCAGCUGCGGGAUGAUUUUUUUUCUUCUUCAGCGGAUGGUCAGGGUGCCGAAACAUAAUUACAAAUAAUUU